AUGAGGGAUUGUCUAGCAGAGUAUGCCGGCAACAACUGCAAGCCUGGGGAUGAAGAUAGGGUUUACAAUGCAGUGAAAAGUAUUUUAUCAACGCUGCAUGCAUUUAUUUGCAAGCCGGAGGAGACCACCAUCAAUACCACCUCUAGCCCCACAGUCACGACCGACAGGACCACGACGACUAGCUAUGUCACGACUCAGGAAACUACCGGCAAACCAAACGAUACACUCACCACCCGGAUUGUCCAUGAUGCUACCACCACAUACCCCCGCACCACCACGACCUCAGCUUCAACCAACGCAGCAGGUACCACCGCUACAACUCAAACAUCGGCCACCACUGUAGACACAACAUCACCGAACCAAGCCACCACUUCGCAAGCCCCACCUAAUGUUGAAUACGAGUGUUACAAAUGUAACAGUGGCUGCAACAUGAACAAACCAAACCGCAAGUGUCCCGCCAACGGUAAAAUGAGGUUCAACACACCGACCAUCAAGUGCACCGGCCCGUGUGUUUCAUUUGUCAACACAACCAGUUAG